AUGAAAUUGAUUGAUCUUUCUCAUAGAGGAAAACAACGAAAAAAAACUUUACGAAUUUUACAAACCUUAAAUAACAUUCCUCUUUCUAAUUAUUAUGAGAGUGGUGCAGUUAUUGAAGGAAAAUUAGAAAUCGCAAAAUUUAAUAUUAUUACUAAUGAUGAUAAUUUUACAAAUAAUGCUGAUCCAUGUACGCUUAAACCUAUUCCCGUGGGAAUAGAUUUGUUGAUAGUUCCUCUUGAUGUGGUUCAACGAUUUGGUUGUAAUUUCAUUGAUGACUUCAUUUCAAGAAAUAUUUGGAUAACUAAUGGUAUAACGUUUCCAUCUGGUAGUAAUCAAUCUAGUCUACCUAGUGGUUCGACAAUUCUAUCUAAUGGAUCUAUUUUUUAUCCUACUAAUAAUACUGAUGUAAAAAGACGUAAUGAAAAUAAUGGACAAUGUAAAUAUUUUAUCUCAAAAUCUUCUUACGAUCAACAACGGUCAAUUAAUUGUAAUUCAUUACAAAAUCAAAAUCAAAAUCGCGACUUCCGUAAAAGAGAUGUUUCAUUCAGUAUUAAUGAUUUGCUCCCAAAAGUUAUUGCUUUUACUUCUUUAAAUGGUGGUGAUCCUGGAAUUAAGGAACCUGUCUAUAAUCGUGACUUGUUACGUAAUGUCAGUGUAGGUUUGACCUUGCUCACAAAAGAUGAUACGACUUUGAUUCAAUCUUUGAAUGCAAAUAUUGAUCAUAUUAAAAUUACUUCGAUAAAACCAACAUCAAUAUUAUUAACAAAUAUGAAACUCGAUAAGAAAGGAAGUAAGGGUAUGUUACAUCAAUAUAAUGAUGAAGAAGAUGAACGUAUAAAUUCUGCUGCUUAUACUACCCGUAUUGCUGUUGUUCGACCCGAACCUACCUAUCGAAUAAAUCCAAAUAUAAUUGAUGUUGAUCUUCAAUUUGGUACCGUGAGAAAUGGUAGUGAAAAAAUUUUGAACAACAGGAAUAGAUUUUUGGAUGUGGAUAGAGAAUCAGUUGAUGAUAAAAAUUUAAAAGAUAUUGAUCCUUCGAAAGAUUUUACAAGAUUAAAACCUAAUAAUAGUAGUAAUGGAAAUGGUGGAAAAAGUGAGUCAAACAAAUUUGACAUCAUUGAUUUAUAG